GAAUAAGUUUCAACAAUGAUGUUUGCGCAUAUUUUUACAGUAAUCAAGCGUAUUGUCAUGUUCAACGACUAUGAUAAUUUUGUUUAAACUUACACGCCUAGUUUUUUUUAUUUAUAGCUAAAAAAUAUUAUAUUUGACAGACUAAAUUGACAGUUGUAGAGUUUCGCAUUAUAUAAUUUUACUUAAUAAUAUUAAAAAUCUAUGAAAAAUUUAGAAUUAAAUUUAUUUAUAAAUAAUUUUUAAAAUGUGUGAAACGAUAGAAAUUGUUGAAUUAACAAUGACGAGUGUGUUAGAUGAGGAUUUUUCUUAUAACAACUUUUACGAAAGAGAACAAUUUUCAACUGAAAAUCAUCAUAAUGUCAAAUUAGGGUGGAUUGAAGGUGUCUUGAAUCCAUGUCUAUUAAGUAUGUGGGGUGUUAUGCUUUUUUUACAACUUCCAUGGAUAGUUGGACAAGCUGGAAUACGCGAUUCUUUAGGAAUUAUUUUUAUUUCAACAAUAAUUAUAGUUAUCACAACUUUUUCACUUAGUGCAAUAAGUUCUAAUGGUCAAGUUAAAGGAGGGGGUUUAUAUUUUUUGAUUUCAAGAUCAAUAGGUCCAGAACUGGGAGCUUCUUUGGGAAUUCUUUUUGCGUUCGCAAAUACAAUUGUGGCAGCGUUAAAUACUCUUGGAUUCUCCAUGUCUUUAAAUACUUUGCUUCAGACUUAUAAUAUUCAUUUUAUGAAUUCUAGCUUAGUGCUUAUAAGCAUUGGAAUUGCAUCAAUAAUUUUAAUGGGUAUAAUAUGCUGUAUGGGCAUGGAUGAUGAAGCAAAAGUUCAAAACUUACUAGUUGCAAUUAUUGUUGUUGCAAUCUUCGAUGUAAUCAUUGGGUCAAUCAUUGGACCAAAAAGUCUUGAAGCAAAAGCAUCUGGAUUCACUGGAUUUAGUAUGGAUACAUUUUUAAGAAACUGGCAUCCUGAUUAUCGAUCCUCAAAUAACAAUCAAGAAACAUUUUUUACAAUUUUUGCUAUUUUUUUCCCUGCAGUAACUGGAAUACAAGCUGGAGCAAAUAUUUGUGGUGACCUCAAGAACCCAAGUAUUGCUAUACCAAAAGGAACUUUAUGGUCGAUUUUGAUAUCAAUAACAUCAUACGUAGCUCUAGUAGUCGUAACAGGAUCUGUUCAGCUAAGAGAAGCAAGUGGUGAUGUUAGUCAAUAUAUAAAUGGAUCGUAUUUAAAUUGCUCAAAUACAAAUAAUUGCAAGCAUGGGUUAUCAAUCAUUGAUGACAAUAUAAUGCAAUCACUAUCGUUAUGGCCAAAUUUUAUAUACUUUGGAUGUUUUGCAGCUACCAUAAGCACUGCUCUAACUUCUUUGAUAGCCGUUCCAAAAAUUUUACAAAGAAUGGGGCAAGACAAUGUACAUCCAUUUUUAAGUUAUUUAUCAGUUGGAUACGGCAAAACGAAUGAACCUUAUCGAGCACAUUUUGCGACAGUUCUUUUAGCAUCUGCAUUUAUGCUAGUAGGAAAUCUCAAUGCUCUUGCAUCUUUUUCGUCGAGUAUUUACUUAUGUACUUAUGCAUUGUUAAAUAUUUGUACUUUCCACGUCGCCUACUAUAAUCCUGUAGGAUGGAGACCAUCGUUUAAAUUUUAUAACAAAUGGUUAAGUCUGUUUGGUUGUUUCGCAUGUUUUGUUAUUAUGUUCUAUGUUGAUAAUAACAUGUCGAUAAUUAUCAGUUGCUUACUUUUGCUUCUAUAUGCAAUUGCUAGUCGAAAAAAAUACGAUCUUAAUUGGGGUUCAUCGAUGCAGUAUAGAAAAUUUAAAAAUGUAUUGAAACAUGUAUAUAAAAUUAAUUCUUGUUUAUAUCACGUUAAAAACUAUUCACCCAACAUAUUAUUACUCUCAGGAAGUCUAGAAUUAAGAAAACAUCUAGUAUAUUUUGCCAGCUCAAUAACCAAAAACAACGGUUUAUUAAUGUGUGUUAAUGUAAAACAGAAUCGAAUAACUUCUCAAGAAAUACAAAAUGACAUGAAAAAUAGUAUGCUGUGGUUAAAGGCAUAUGGAAUAAAAUGCUUGUAUAAUAUAUUAGAUGGCAUUAGCUUAAAUUUAGCAGUACGAAUGAUUUAUCUAUGUAGUUAUGGACAAUUAAAACCCAACAUCAUAUUUAUGGGCUUCAAAAGCGAUUGGAAAAAUUGUUCUGAUGACGACCUUCAGAGUUACUUUAGUAUUUUUAAUGUAGCAUUUGAUAAUCGAAUUGCUAUUAUGAUCGCUCGUUUUAAAACAGCCAAGGAAAAAAAUAAUAAAAUUAAUGAAGAAGACAAUACGCCUCUGAUAGAAGAUGGUAAAAACAGAAAACCAAAGACUUCUAUAUAUUAUUUAAAUAAAAAUGAAAAACAUUUCUCACUCGGCACUAAAAUGAAUAAAAAUAAUGUAGUAGAUAUUUGGUGGUUAAAUGACGACGGAGGUUUAGCAUUAAUCAUUACACAUAUGUUAAAAUGUUGCAAUGAAUGGAAAAAAUGCAAGUUUCGUAUAUUUGGUGUGGCAAAAAUUAAAGAGAAUGUGGCAACUGAAAAAGAAAGAUUAAUCGAAUUACUAUCAAUGUACCGUAUUGAAUUUGAUGCUGUUGAAGUAAUUUUAAUAAACUCUGCUGACAAUCACCUAGUAAAAAGUGAUCAAAUCAAUAGCGAACAAGAAUUUGGUGACAUGGAAGAUAUGUUUGUCCAUUAUUUACAUUUAAAAAAUUUAAUUGAGUCAAGAUCAAGAGGAUCAAGUCUAGUUAUUUUGUCUAUAGUAAAACCUAAUAAGUUAUUUUAUAAGUUGCAUAUGUAUACAUUAGACUCUUUAACUGAUCAAUUAGAGUCAAGUAUCAUACUAAGUGGAAAUGUACUUCAAACCAUUACUGCAAAUGCUUAAAAAGUCAUUUAUAAAAAUGAUUAGAAACUUGGUGUCAUAAGGUGCUUAAAAUUUCCUCUAAUUAGCAAGCGAAUGUGUAAUUACUAAUCCUUCUUAAUCAUACAAUGUAAAAGAAUUGCAAUAAUCUUUUGUUGAGAACUUAAUAGAAAACCUCUUCUAAAAAAAUGUAUGUUUCCAUUAUUCAUAUACUCAUAUACAUAGCAUUUAAAUCAUUAGUAUAUCUUGUUUUUUUCGAGACUAGUACUCUAAAUUUGCGUAAUAUAGUUGACGUUAAAAAUAGCCAUAUCUUAAUACUGCAAACAAUUAAGGUAUCAUUACAAUCAAUAUUUUUAAACGACCGCUUAAUUGAUCAUUUUAUUAUUUGAGAAGAAGUAAAACACACAUACAAUGAUAGUGUAUUGCUUAAUAAUAAUUGUAUACUUGAAU